CUCAAAAAUGCAAUAUGGCUCCGAAUUAGAGUUGCAAAUGAAAGAUCGUCGAACAAGCUAAGUGUUAUUUAAUCAACUUUUCACGAACAAUUGAUCAUGAGUACGCAAGAAUCGGGCGGAGGGCUUACCAAGUGGCAGAUUGCGGCCCUCAUCGGGGCCCCCGUAGCCGCGGCCUGCAUUUUAGGUGCGUUCUACUACUGGAAAUCCAAGGAUCAAGACGCGGAGAAAGGGAAGGAGAGCGAUAAGACUUCUAAAAGCAAAAGUGAAGUGCCUGAGAAUGAAGCUCCUCAAGACGAUGACAUGUCUGAAGAAAACUUGACACCAGCGGCACAAGCUGCAGCUACCAAAGUAAGGGGUAACAAGUACUUCAAGGGUGGAAAAUUUGAUCAGGCAAUUAAAUGUUAUACAGAAGCCAUCAAUCUCUGUCCUGAGGACAACAAGACUGAUCUAGCGACAUACUACCAAAAUAGGGCAGCAGCUUAUGAACAACAGAAAAACUAUGAGCAGGUGCUUGCUGAUGCUACUAAAGCCAUAGAACUGAACAAGAGAUAUUCUAAAGCCUUCAUGAAGAGGGCACGAGCAUAUGAAAAACUUGGCAAGAAAGAAGAGUGCCUUCAAGAUCUUACAGCAGUGUGCAUGAUCGAGGGAUUUAACAAUCCAAACUGGAUGUUGCAAGCAGAUAGAGUUUUAAAAGAAAUCGGAAAAGAGAAAGCUCAAGAAUACUAUAAGAACAGAGAACCAAGUUUACCUUCUCCAACAUAUACUAAAGCUUAUUUGGAAUCUUUUUGUCAUGAUGACACAUUAGAAAUUCAUUCUGAGGAGGAUUUGCCCGAAGAUUCACCGUUUCUUGAGGCUGUUAAACAAAUGAAAGAAAAGAAAUAUGAUAACAUAGUGGACUUGUGCACCCAACAAAUUGAAAAAGGACCUGGGCCACUCUACAUAAAAGCUCUUGCAUUAAGAGGGACUCUCUACACCUUGAUAUCAAAAGUGGAUGAAGCUAUUCGUGACUUGACACAAGUGAUAAAUGCUGAAGAUGGACAAGCAUCGACCAAGCUGAAAGUGAACUGUUUGAUCAAACGCGGAAGCAUGCAGCUUCAGGCUGGUAAUGUUAUGGAAUGUUUUCAAGACUUCAGCAAGGCCGUGUCGCUCGACCCUGAUAACUCCGAUAUUUAUCAUCACAGAGGUCAGAUCCGUUUCCUCUCCGAGAACCUUCACGAGGCCAAAGAAGAUUUUGAGAAGUGCAUAUCUCUGAACGACAGCUUCAUCCCCGCAAGGAUUCAGUUGGCGUAUUGUAUUUACAAGUCCGCUGCCCUUCAGCAGUCUCCGAUCUUGGCGCACGGGGCCGUGGAUAUGCUACAGAAAACAGUGGAGAAGUAUCCUGAGUCAGCGGAUGCACAUAGUCUCUAUGCGCAGGUGCUUCAGGAAAUGCAGCAAUUCCCUAAAGCAGAGGAGCAUUUUGACAUUGCGAUAAGACUAGAGCCGCAAAACCCUGUCCACCGAGUUUACAAAGGCAUGCUGAUGCUGCAGUCACGACAAGACGUGGAGAAAGCAGUUGAGUUAGUUGACGAAGCUUUAGUGAUCGAUGAGAAAUGCGACUUCGCCUACGAAACCCUAGCUACGCUUGAAGUUCAAAGGGGGAACUUGGACCGAGCAAUCGAGCUGUUCAACAAAGCCAUUGCUCUGGUGAGAACGGAAACAGAGCUUGCACAGACGUUUUCACUCCGCGAGGCAGCAAAAGCACAGAAAUAUGUCACCGAAACAUUGGGUCUCUCUCCACCAACUCUUCCUUUAAUGUCUUAGAAACUCGUUCCGAAAAGAAAACAUCCCUCGAUGAUAGGGUCGGUCUCCGAGGAAAGGGCUUCAUAAGAAGAGUUUUUUUUUUUCAUUAUUAUUUUUUUGCUGAAACAGCAAAAAUGGAAAACUUUUCUGGAAGCUGAUGAGUUAGUUAAAAAUAGGGAGUGAGAAAGACGUGAAUUCGAGUUGUCCGGGGCAUUUAGUCAUUGUGAAUUCCUGUCCGCAUUAGUUCACGUCAUUAAUGUUGUACGAAUUUUAACCCGCGGUAGCGGACACGAUAUUGUCAUGCCUUAAAUCCUGCUUGGUGGAACCGUGAGAAUAGGCCGAGCCGUUUUGCUUUUAGGUCAGUGACGUUGCUAAGAAACCCGACUCAUUCGUUCUCAGAGCAACCUCGCUUCCAGGUCUCUCAAAGAAAGUUGACCCUGGUAACGACUUUGCUUGUCAGACUGCUCGGUAGUGCGCGCGCCAUCUUCGUUCGACUGAUAGGAAUCGAAAUCUCGUCGGAUGAGUUUAUAGAGUGCUUUCACAUGACGUCACGGCAGCCAUAUCGGUGUACCAAAACAAUAAAACAGCGGCCAUAUUGGUGUCCUAAACCAAUCUUGUAGGAGUUGAACUCUUUUGUCGUGUAAGAUUUUCAUUUGCUCAGUAAAAUUGUGACUGCUGGCCACGUGAGUGAAAGCGCUCUAUAAAUUCUACCGAAAACGUUUCGAAGCGUCUUUACAUUGUUGGGUCGUGGUCUAUCAUUCCAUGAUGUACAUGAAUGAUGAAAUAAACUUUAACGUUGUCUUA